UCGUCCUCCUCUCCGUGCCGUCCCGGUGCGGAGCGGCGCCAGAGCCGGACCCAGCUCGCCCUGACGCCGCAGGUAGGUCGACCUUCCCCCGUCUCCGGUGGCCGUUAACGGGAGGACUUGGCUGCUUGUGACCGCUCGGUCCCGCGAGGUUCGGCCCGAUGGCUGCGCGAACGAGACGCCUGGAGACCGCUUGAGGAAACCCUGGUCCUGGCCUAUACCCGUCCCACCACGUAGCCCCGCCCACUGCCUGAACAUGUUUGCACCUACUCCCUACACUCAGAGGGCAUUCCGAUCCUUGGCCAACGAUGACCGCCAUGUCAUGGCCAAGCACGCCAGCAUCUAUCCGGCCCCCAAGGAGCUGGAGGCGGUCCAGACGCUGGUGUCCACGGUGGAGGGGGCCCUCAAGAAGGUCUCUGAUUGGCUCGAUGGCCCCGGCAGUUCCUCAGACGUGGGCGAUGCCAAGGUGGACGAGGACGCCACCGACGGCACCAAGCUGGACGCCAUGUCCACACUGUGUGGAGUGAACAGGGUGGGUCUGCUGUCCAAAGGCCUGCUGAUCAAAGACGACAUGGACCUGGAACUGGUUCUGCUGUGCAGACAGAAACCCACCCAGCUGCUGCUCUGCACCAUCAGCGCCAAUCUGCCCCUUCAGAUCCAGACGUUGACGGAGGACAAGUACGAGGUGCGCUCCUGCGUUCCCGAGGCCGCCAUCUUGGUGUGCAGCACUCAGGACCCCCGCCUCAGCUUGAAGAUCACUCUGUCCUGCUCGGACACGAGGGCGGAGCCGACAGGGGCCAACAGCGAGACGCCGCGGAGCGAAGACGGCGAAAACGGCCACGACGGCGUCCUGGACGGCGAGAAGUGCCGGGCGGCGCUAGCCUCGCUCCGACACGCCAAGUGGUUCCAGGCCCGAGUGUGUCCUCUCAAGUGGUGUGUGCUGGUGCUCAGGCUGCUCAGGGACAUGUGCAACCGAUUGGCGGCGUGGAGGCCGCUCAAAGGAUGGCCUCUGGAGCUCAUCUGUGAGAUGGCCGUGGCCACCUGCAGUGACCCCGCGGGGCCAGCAGAGGCGCUGCGACGCGUCAUGGAGUGCAUCGCCUCUGGGAUUCUCCUCCCAGGAGGUCCAGGAGUCCAGGACCCCUGUGAGAAGGAGCCCACUGACACUGUAGGUCACCUCAGCAGCCAGCAGGCCGACGCCGUCACGCACAGUGCACAGCACGCUUUAAGACUCCUGGCCUUCGGACAGCUUCACAAGGUCUUGAACAUGGAACCCCUCCCCAGGGGCCGGCCUUCGUCAGGACUCCUGGAAGGCAGCCGUCAGAAGCGAGUCCACGGCGCCGAAGACGACAACCCCGAAGACGGAGACCUGAUGAAGAGGAUGAGAGUGCUGGACUGGAGGAUGGCGGACCCCAACCACCCCAUGAACGCCCUCAUGCGCCUGAACCAGGUCCAGCCGGGCCUCCAGUACCGCCUGCUGUCCCAGUCCGGCCCGGUCCACGCGCCCGUCUUCACCAUGGCCGUGCAGGUCCAGGGACACGUCUACCGGGCCAGCGGGACCUCCAAGAGGAGCGCCAAGCUGCAGGUGGCCCUCAAGGCGCUGCAGGCUCUGGGCUACGUGCCAAGCGGCGAGGCCGACUCGCUCAGUGCCGACGAGAAGUCUGACGGCGAAGGAAAGAACGACAGGAUGUCCAUCACGUCCUCCACCGACUCACAGGAAUCCAGAGCUCCAGGUCCCAUGCUGACGGCGAGAGGGAAAAACCCUGUGAUGGAGCUGAACGAAAAACGCCGCGGCCUCAAGUACAAGCUGGUCUCCGAGAGCGGCGGCAGCUACGACAAGCGCUUCAUCAUCGAGGUGGAGGUGGAUCAGCAGGUGUUCCGCGGCACGGGUCCCAACAAGAAGGCGGCCAAAGCCGGCGCCGCCAUGGCCGCCAUCAGCAGCCUGUUUGCCGGGUCCAAGUGUGCGGGCGCCAAGAAGAAGAGAGUGAUCCCGCCGCCAAAGCGACCUAUGACCUCGGUGCUGACGCUCCCGCCGCUCACCGCUGGGCCUUUGCAGGUGUCCCUCAUUCCCACAGCGCCCUUUGCCAGCACGCCGCCCCCCCACGCAUACGUCCCCUCAGGCUUCGGUGCUCCAUUUGGCUUCAGCCCCGCCGGACCCCUCCCAGGAUACGGCCGUCUGUACCUGGACGGCGCCUUCUACCAGCCGCAGACUUUGGCCCCGCCCAUCAUCAUCCACCUGGGCCCUCAGGACCUUUUCUGACAGACUCUGUCGCCACGGAGACGAAGGGGUUGAAAUACCAAAAGCAAUAAGGAGGACGACGCCCCCUUUCUGUCACAUGACCGUGUGGUAACUUUUUCCAAUUAAAGCAAUACUUCCAACAUGUGAGUAAAUAUUGUUACUGUUAGCGUGUUUAGAAAACUGUCAUGUGGACUCGUCUAGUGCAGGGGGGCCCAAACUUCUUCCACUAAGGGCCACAAACUCACCAAUCGAAAGAUGCGAGGCCAUUUUGCUAGUUUUCACCUCCAAACUCAGUACAAAAUAUAGAUGUGUGUCUUACAAAGGGUUAGAAAAAUGCAAUUUUUGGUCAAAAGUUUGUGAAUGCUGAAGAGCUAAAGCGGAACCGAAAUGCUAAGAGUUAGCAAGCUGGCCAGAUAGCGUCAAGUAGCAAAAAAUAUGAGCUAAAUUAUCUAAAAAAAUACUAGCAUGCUAACAGUACUAUGCUAAUAAUAGCAUGAAUACAGUUAGCAUUAGUGAAACACCAAAAUAUAGGAUAUUGUGGUGUAUACCUGUUAAAUUAGCUUAAAAAGCUAGUAUGUUAACAGUUAGCAUGAGCGAAACCCCAAAAUCUAGGACAUUGAGGUGUGUACCUGUUAAAUUGACUUGAAAAGUUAGCAUGCUAAUAUUGGCAUGCUUACAGUUAUAAUUGGCGAAACACCAAAAUAUAUGACAUUGAGGUGUGUAUCUGUUAAAAUAGCUUAAAAAAGGUAACAUGCUAAUGUUAACAUGCUUACAGUUAGCUUUAGUGAAACACCAACAUUUAGGACAUUGAGGUGCGUACCUGUUUAAUUAGCUUGAAAAGAAGCUAGCAUGCUUACAGUUAUAAUUAGCGAAACACCAAAAUAUAUGGCAUUGUGUAUAUCUGUUGAGUUAGCUUAAAAAUGUAGCAUGCUAAUACUAACAUGCUUACAGAUGGCAUUAUUGAAAUACCAAAAUAUAUGACAAUGAGGUGUGUACCUGUUUAAUUAGUCUAAAAAGGUAGCAUGCUAAUGUUAACAUGCUAACAGUUGGCAUUAGUGAAGCAAAAAUCUAGGACAUUGAGGUGUGUACCUGAAAAAUGUGUUUAUAAUGUUAUCAUGUAUCAAGUACCAAAAUAUGACUGAGGUGUAUACCUUACAAAUUAGCUUAACAAAAGCUAGGUUAUUAACGUUAGCAUGCUAACAGGUGUCAUUAGUCAAGUAACGAAAUAUUUGACACUGAGCUAUAUACCUGUUGAAUUAGCUAAACAAGCUAGCAUGCUAAAAUGCUAACAGCAGCAUGUGUCAAGUACCAACAUAUGACUAAUGUGUAUACCUACAAAUUAGGGUUAAAGAAAAAAAAAGCAAGCAUAGUAACGUUAGCAUGCUAACAGGUAUUAUUCGUCAAGUAACAAAAUAUUUGACGCUGUUAAAUUAGCCAAGAAAGCUAGCAUGCUAACUGUAACAUGCGUCAAGUACCAACAUAUAUUACCGUGCACCUGAAUAGAUAGUUUAAAAUGUUAGCAUGUAUAAAGUACCAAAAUAAACCUACAAAUUAGUUUGUUUUUUUAAAAAGCUAGCAUGCUAACCGGCAUCAUUCGUCAAGUAACAAAAUAUUUCACUCUGGAAAAAAAAUGCUAGCAUGCUAAAUUUAGCAUGCAUCAAGUACCAAAAUAUGACUGAGACUAAAUCUGCAAAAUUAAAAAAGAUGUUGAAUUCGCUAGAAAAGCUUGCAUGCUAAAAUGCUAACUGUAAAAUGCGUCAAGUACCAAAAUAUAUUACUCAAAGAUGUGCAAUUGAAAAAUGUGUUGAAAAUGCUAGCAUACUAACAUUAGCAUGCAUCAAAAAUCUAAAUAUGACUGAGGUGUAUGCCUAUAAAAUUACCUGGAAAAAAGGCCAGCCUGCUAAUAGCUAUCAUUCGUCAAGAAACAAAAUAUUUGACGCUGAGUUGUGUACUGGAAACCUUUGUUUAAUAUGCUAAGAUGCUAAUAUUAGCGUGCUAACGAUUGUGAAAGUUAGCAAAUGGCCCCCCGGCCGCACUUUUGGACACCCCUGAUCUAGUGCAGUGAAAUAUUGACCUUUUAUCGUGGAUACAUUGUACAUUUUAUAAGUGUUGCUGUUUUUUAUAACCCUUGGGCGAGUAGAACAUCCGCCACGUCAUAGCGAAUCUACAUGCGGCCCACCUGUGCCCCCUAGUGGCCGCGGUUCAUGCCUUCAUGUUUGUGGAAUAAAAAUUGACUAAAUAUCAUUUUUAUUCUGGGCUUUUUGUUUUUGUGUAACGUCUGCAAAUAUCACGUUUAUAAUGAAAGAAAAUUCAAGUUCAGCAAGAGACAUAAUAAUAACAAUAAGGUCACACCAAACGGGGCUUAUAAGUAAAUCCAGUUACAGAAUUGGCUUUCACUUUUAAUAAGUCUACUUAUAUUUAUAUAUUUACUUAUACUUAAUAUCAUUCUCUUAGGUAUGUCCCUGAAACUAUUUUUUUUUAAUGUUAGCACGCGUCAAGUACCAAAAUAUACCUGUUAAAUUAGCUAAACAAGCUAGCAUGCUAAAAUGCUAACAGCAGCAUGUGUCAAGUACCAAAAUAUGUUACUCUGAGGUGUGUACCUGAAACAAACUGUUUAAAAUGUUAGCAUGCGUCAAGUACCA